UCCCGCCCCAGGAGAAUAAAUGUGAGGCGUCUGCUUCGAGCCCCAGAACUGAAACCGGAUCUCCUGACACCAUGUUCUGCUCCGGACUCGGCGCCAAACUGUUGCUGGCAGCAGCAGGUUUGCUGAUGGCUGCAGGCUUUUCUGGAGCCUCUGAAUACACUGUGACCGCGCUGUCCACACACAGAGUGAUCGCCUGUGAUUACAUCCAGCGCCUGAGCUGUGACAGCGGAGUGAUCAGUGUGCAGGCCGCUCUGUAUGGACGUACAGACCGUCAGACCUGCAGCGAGGGCCGGCCUCCGCAGCAGCUGAGCGACACACAGUGCUCCCCGCAGGACGCCGUGGACGUCCUCAGGACGAGCUGUGAUGGCAGGAAGGUGUGUGAACUGACCGCAAACGACGUGCGUACUUCCGAUCCCUGCUUGGGCAUCCACAAAUACCUGGACACCACCUACAACUGCGUCCCAGCGAGCCACAGCGUCACGUGUGAGCACUCUGUGGAACACCUGCAGUGUGGUGAAGGCCAGGUUAUAUUCGUCAUCGGUGCCAAUUACGGACGCCAUGACAGCAGCACGUGCUUUUACCAGCGUCCUGCCUCUCAGCUCCAAAACGUCCACUGCUCGAGGCCCACCAGCAAAGUUGCUGAGAGCUGUAACGGGAAAAGAAGCUGUGCUAUCAAAGCUAGCAACUCUGUGUUUGGAGACCCGUGUGUGGGCACUUACAAGUACCUGGAGGUGGCCUACAGGUGUCAGUAUCCUGUGACGGAGCCACUGGAAAACUAAAACCACAACAUUUGUGCUUUGAAUGAAAAUCUAAAUCGAAGACGUAACGUAGGAAGUAAUCAAGAAACCUAUGAAACCAAUCAAAAUCCUGCACUAUGUGGCCAAAAGUAUGUGGACACCUCAAAAUUCACAUCAUGUGAUCAUUGAUGUUCAUGUGACGUCGACGAUCACAUGACUGAGCUCCAGGUGUCCCGGUGCCAAAGAGGACUUGAAGAUGUCCACAUACAUUUAGCCACAGAUACGUUUUCCUGUUUGAUUUCAUUUUAUUCAGAUGUGGUUUCUCUCUUCAUUGUGCUACAAAUAAACUCACCUUGCAUUGC